UUUUUGUUGGGAAAUGCCCAGAUUGUGGACUGGCCUGUAGUUUAUAGUAAUGACGGUUUUUGUAAACUCUCUGGAUACCAUCGAGCCGACGUCAUGCAGAAAAGUAGCACUUGCAGUUUUAUGUACGGUGAACUGACAGACAAGAAGACCAUUGAAAAAGUCCGACAGACUUUUGACAACUAUGAGUCAAACUGCUUUGAAAUUCUCCUCUACAAGAAAAACAGAACCCCAGUUUGGUUCUACAUGCAAAUUGCACCCAUAAGAAACGAGCAUGAAAAAGUUGUUUUGUUCCUGUGCACUUUUAAAGAUAUCACUUUGUUCAAGCAACCAAUUGAAGAUGAUUCAACAAAAGGUUGGACGAAGUUUGCUCGGUUGACGCGAGCCCUGACGAACAGUCGCAGCGUUCUGCAGCAGCUAACGCCGAUGAACAAAGCCGAGGUGGUGCACAAACACUCCCGGUUAGCUGAAGUUCUCCAGCUGGGAUCUGAUAUUCUUCCUCAGUACAAGCAAGAAGCUCCAAAGACUCCACCACACAUUAUACUACAUUAUUGUGCUUUUAAGACCACCUGGGACUGGGUCAUCUUAAUUCUAACCUUCUACACAGCGAUUAUGGUUCCAUAUAACGUCUCCUUCAAGACGAAACAGAACAACAUUGCCUGGCUUGUGCUGGACAGUGUUGUGGACGUUAUUUUUCUGGUUGACAUUGUUUUGAACUUUCAUACGACCUUUGUCGGCCCUGGUGGAGAGGUUAUAUCUGAUCCCAAACUCAUAAGGAUGAACUACUUGAAAACGUGGUUUGUGAUUGACCUUCUGUCCUGUUUACCUUAUGACAUCAUCAAUGCCUUCGAGAACGUGGAUGAGGGGAUCAGUAGCCUCUUCAGUUCCUUAAAAGUGGUGCGUCUUCUCCGACUCGGGCGAGUCGCCAGGAAAUUGGACCAUUAUCUGGAAUAUGGUGCUGCUGUACUGGUGCUGUUGGUGUGUGUAUUUGGACUGGUGGCCCACUGGCUAGCCUGCAUAUGGUACAGCAUUGGGGACUACGAAGUUAUAGAUGAAGUCACUAACACAAUCAAAACAGAUAGCUGGCUCUACCAGUUGGCACUGAGUAUCGGGACACCAUAUCGGUACAACACCACUGGCUCAGGGCAGUGGGAAGGAGGACCCAGUAAAGACUCCUUGUACAUAUCCUCUCUCUACUUUACCAUGACAAGCCUUACAACAAUAGGAUUUGGAAACAUAGCACCAACCACUGACGGGGAGAAGAUUUUUUCGGUGGCCAUGAUGAUGGUUGGCUCUCUUCUUUAUGCAACUAUUUUUGGAAACGUCACCACCAUUUUCCAGCAAAUGUAUGCCAACACCAACCGAUACCAUGAGAUGCUGAACAAUGUGCGGGAUUUCCUAAAAUUGUAUCAAGUCCCAAAAGGCCUUAGUGAACGAGUCAUGGAUUAUAUUGUCUCAACCUGGUCCAUGUCUAAAGGAAUUGACACAGAGAAGGUUCUCUCAAUUUGCCCAAAGGACAUGAGAGCAGAUAUUUGUGUACACCUAAACCGGAAAGUUUUUAAUGAACACCCUGCCUUUCGGCUGGCUAGUGAUGGCUGCCUGCGAGCCCUGGCUGUGGAGUUUCAGACAAUCCAUUGCGCCCCAGGAGACCUCAUCUAUCAUGCCGGGGAAAGCGUUGAUGCUCUUUGCUUUGUGGUCUCAGGAUCUCUAGAAGUCAUCCAGGACGACGAGGUGGUGGCUAUUUUAGGUAAAGGGGAUGUGUUUGGUGAUAUCUUCUGGAAGGAAACUAGUCUAGCCCACGCAUGUGCCAAUGUACGGGCUCUGACAUACUGCGAUUUACAUAUUAUUAAACGAGAAGCCUUGCUUAAAGUGUUGGACUUUUAUACUGCUUUUGCAAACUCAUUCUCAAGGAAUCUCACACUCACCUGCAAUCUGAGGAAACGGAUCAUCUUCCGGAAAAUCAGUGAUGUCAAGAAGGAAGAAGAGGAACGCCUGCGCCAGAAGAACGAGGUGACGCUGAGCAUCCCUGUGGACCAUCCUGUGCGGAAACUCUUUCAGAAGUUCAAGCAGCAAAAGGAGAUGCGUAAUCAAGGCUCAACCCACAUUGACCCAGAGAGGAACCAGCUUCAAGUGGAAAGCCGUACCAUGCAGAAUGGGGCUUCCAUCACAGGCACGAGCGUGGUCACUGUGUCUCAGAUCACGCCGAUCCAGACUUCCCUAGCCUACGUGAAAACCAGUGAGGCUGUGAAGCAGAACAACCGGGAUGCCAUGGAGCUCAAGCCAAAUGCAAACGGAGACCAGAAGUGUCUCAGAGUGAACAGUCCCAUGCGGAUGAAAAAUGGGAAUGGUAAAGGGUGGCUUCGACUAAAGAACACCAUGGGGACCCAUGAGGAGAAAAAGGAAGACUGGAAUAAUGUCACAAAGGCUGAGUCCAUGGGUUUGCUGUCUGAGGACCCCAAGUGCAAUGACUCGGAGAACGGUGUAAAUAAAAACCCACUGAGGAAAACAGAUUCUUGUGACAGUGGAAUAACAAAAAGUGACCUUCGUUUGGAUAAAGCUGGUGAGACUCGCAGCCCCCUGGAGCAUAGCCCCAUUCAGGCUGAUGCUAGGCAUCCUUUCUACCCUAUUCCUGAGCAGGCCUUACAAACCACCCUCCAGGAAGUCAAACACGAACUCAAAGAAGAUAUCCAGCUGCUAAGCAGCAGGAUGGCUGCCCUUGAGAAACAGGUGGCAGAAAUUUUAAAAAUAUUGUCUGAAAAGAACGUACCCCAGAUCUCUUCCCCCAAGUCUCAUUUAUCACCCCAGUUACCCUCCCAGAUACCCUGUCAGGAUAUUUUUAGUGUUUCAAGGCCUGCAUCACCCGAAUCAGAAAAAGAUGAAAUCCACUUUUAGCAUAUACCUAUAUUUAUAUAUGUAUACAGUAUAUAUGCAGCGGUGUAUAUAUACCUUUAUACAUAUAUAUGUGUGUGUGUGUAUACGGUAAAUAUAUAUACAUAUAUAUUUUCACUUGCAUCCAAUAUGACUUGAACACACCAAGGGUUUUGAUAUGUAAAUAUUGCAUGUCCAGCUGGAUUCUGGCCUGCCAAAGAAAACAAUUAUUAACAUAGAUAUUGCUUGUAUAAUAUGCAGUUGACUGCAUGCACACUUUACAUUUAUUUAUAAUCUCUAUUAUGAAAUAAAAGAAUGACUUUUGUUUAACAAAGGCAAUGUACUAUUUAAAGAAUCAGGGUCUCACCUGCCAAUAUUGCCAUGACAGAUUUGAUCUCAGGCUGGGUGAAUUGAGCUUUUAUUUCCUCACUGUCUUUUCUGCCGAGUUAAACAAUAGAUUAACAUGAUGUGGAGCACACGUUCAGACUCUGAUUACUACUGUUUCCUGGUAUCAUUCCAUUACAAUAUACUGUAUAUUUGGUGAUAGAUUUCCCUCCUCCUCCGUAAAGGGAGGGUCCAGCUCAGUUAACAGGGAAGGGUGCUGUGGCAGGCGCCUGGGUAGAUCACUGGAAUUGUUAGUGUGGGUAUUGUGCAUGCACAGCCUUUUAUUUCAAGUAUCCUCCUGCUCUUUUAACAUCCUAAGUAAGAAACAAUAAUAAUGAUGAUUUAUGUAACAAAGUGGAACAAACAAACGCAGCUGCACUCCCUGUGUAUUUACGGGGGUAAUCUGUUUCUUGAAAGCCUCCUGUUAUUGAUGCCAUUUGUACUGAGCUGUUAGGGCAACAUUACGUAGAUUCUCUUCACAACACUCAGAGACAGCGUCUCAGUCUGUCAGGAUCUUCAUUAGGAAGUCCAGGUUUUGCAGGGUUGAGCAUUGCUUUCCUCCAUCCUCCCCCAUUGCUCCUGGCAGAAAGGCUUUGCACGAGGUCUUAGCAAGGGAGAGAGAAAUUUUUGUUCAGCUCCUUGGGAGCUGUGUGAACAGAUUUCAAAGCCUGAAGCCAAAUGGUUGCAGUUAAUCCCCGUCCACUCCCUUUUCUGAGGAUGUUUAUCAAUCUGAAACUGCCUUUGAGAAACAGAGAAAGGCCGAGUCUGGAUGUGUAGCUGGUAAUGGUGGCAAUCCCUUCACCCCAUAGCAUCGGGGGACGGUGUGUAUGUCUGCUAGGGGGAUGAAAUCCCUCCUCAGGUGCCUGCUACUCUUGCCGUUGGACUCGGAGAUAGACUCAGUGGACUAGGGGUCAUCCUGCCAGUCAGGAUUGCAGUGCUCACAGUGAAUCAUUAGGCCAUAUUAAGGGCAUUAGGUCUGCGUCAGAUGCUCUGGCCCUUCUCUUAGCCCACCCCCUUCGGCAUCUCCCAGCCUUGACCCAUGCUCAGAUCACACCUCCACCGACCAGCCUACAGCAGCCCUCUCUUUGCUGUGCUGCAGCUGCAGCAGGGCAGGUGCUUGCACUAGAUCCUCUUUCUUCUGCUUAUGCAAACUGAGAUUUUUUUGGAGUCUGCCUGAGCCUGUGCUUGAGCGUGGUAGGAUUUUUUUUUUUCUCCUGCCUCUAAGUUUGCACCAGGUGAGAGUCCAGGCAUACACGACUCCCAGCAGAAAUGGCCAUCGUGGCUUC